GAAAGAAGAACUCAAAGAGACAGACACUCAACGGUUAUGGAUAAUGUUUCUGUUGUAAAGAUUUUCCGCCGUCUGUAUGUUGUAUCACAGCACAGCUGUUAUGGCCUACGACAGAUAUCUGGCUAUAUGUCGACCACUGCACUACCACUCGUUGAUGACUAAGAAGAGGCUCUCUCAGCUCAUAUGUUUCUCCUGGUUAACACCUUUCUGCCUUUUCUCCAUCAAUGUUGUGUUAACGUCAAGACUAAAGUUAUGUGGUGCAAGCUUUCGCAGACUGUUAUGUUUGAAUUGGUUAAUUGUUAAACUUGCGUGCCCUGAUGCUGACACCUUUUCAAACAGUGUAGUUGCAUAUAUUAUAAUUUUCACAUACGUGUUGCAUGUGUUUUUCGUAAUGUGGACUUACAUGCAUCUUGUUAUAACUUGUGUGAGGUCCAAAGAAGACAGGGUGAAGUUUAUGCAGACAUGUGUGCCCCAUUUAGUCUCUUUAAUCACAUUCGCAAUUACAAUGGUUUUUGAUUUGAUGUACAUGCGAUUUGGCGCCACAGCUUUACCUCAAAGCGUUGAAAACUUCAUCGCUAUAGAAUUUCUGCUCAUUCCCCCUAUUAUGAAUCCUCUAAUAUACGGAUUUAAACUGACCAAAGUACGAAAUAGAAUUCUGGGUUUAUUUUAUGUUGAAAGAAAAUGACAUUUUUGAUUAAAUUUCAUCUCUAAUUCAAUUUAAUGUAACAAACAAAAGCCAAUGUUUUUGCCUUAGGAUAUAUCAUGAUCUCUGCACUGUCACCUGUUAUUCCUGUUGUACAUGACUGAUAAAUCCAGGCUUCAGUAUGUUGCCUAACAAAACAUUUAACUUGACACUUUUUGUUAAAGACCAACCAACAUAUUUAAUUUGUUUUAUAUAUUUGUUAUGCUGCAUGUGAUGUGGGAAUAAAUUGACAUUUUUAACUUC